AUGGCAAGUAACUUUGUGGAUACCGGUGGUCCGUCCUCUCCUCCACCGCCAUUGCCCGAGGGGUGGCUUCCUCAAUGGGAAGGCGUCCAGCGAAAAUGGUACUACGUCCAACGAGCCACGGGUAAAUCCCAAUGGGAAAUUCCGACGGAACCAGUUGCUCUUACGCCAUCCACGACACCGAUGCCAAUCGGGGCCGGGCCUUCACAAGCGCCCGCAUCGCAGCCAGCCACGAAUAGCCCUCGAGUGACGGGACCAGGGGGUGCUAUACCGGGUGGGAGCUAUGCUGCGACUGGUCAAACGGGGAUUUCCAGCUCUCUCGGCUCUCAAGUUCACGACACUUCAGUCCAUGACCCUUUCAGGAUGAUGGGAUGGCCCUCAGGCCCUGGUGCAAAUGAGGGUGGCCACGACACGAAUCAUUUACUGCCGAUGCCGCAUGGACAAUCGAACCCGCAUCUCACAGCAUUCCAGCAGAGCCAGUACCAGACCCAGAAUCAGCCUCCGGCAGGUCAAGUCAUCCCCGGUCAGCCAUGGUUUGAGGGAUUGUACCACCCGGGGUUUGACCAGGGCCACCAAUCUUCUCAAGCCUUGCUCUACGGCUCAGCUCCUUAUACGACGCAUUCGCAUGUCCCUCCGUAUCCGUGGGUGGCUCCUCUGCCUAUUGGGGCUGGCGCUCCAAUGCCUCAAAUGCAUAACCCUCAGUCGCAAUGGCAAUCAGGCCAAAUACCGCCUUUUUUCAGCAUGCAAGCUCAUCCAGGACCUACGAAUGUCAAUCCAUCAUUUUCAGGUCCCGGGCCCGGUUUGAAACGCCAAGAAUCCCAUCCUGUCCUUGGCUCAUACGCAACCUAUACUUCAAAUAGCAUCAUGGGGCAACAACCCAACAGCGUUUUAGGGUACCCACUAUCGCGAUCACAUUCCGAGCAUGGACCGAAUGGUCCACCGCAUAUACCAUUUGGCUUUCAAAAUGCCGCGCAUUCACCUUCUUCUAGAUACAUGCCGCAAUCAAACUUGCACGGCCACCUCCAAGGGGCGAGUCUGACACAACCAGGGACAGCAACCAGUUCUCAUACCGUUUCCGGUCCUCAGUACUACCAGAAUCCACUGGUUCAAGCAAGUGUCAAUCAGUACCUGCCGUCGCAAAUUCAUCAACCCGGUGGUGGGACUUCUGUCUAUACAGGAACAGUACAGCCACACAAUGCAUAUCCGAGCCAAGGUGACCGACCUGCUGGUGACUCCAAUCAAGGGGCUGGUUCCGAUCUUGAGCCCUCGCGAACGGCAGCAUCUGAUCCUCAGUUUGUCAGUGGACCGUGGGCAUCAUCCUCGACGCCGCCUACCUCAGGGUGA